AUGGGCGGCCUCGUGUCACAAUCGGCCUUGACCAGUUUCCUUGCUUCUCGCAACAUCUCCGCUGCCGAUAUCGAAGCACAAUUCCGGAACCGGCAGGCAGCGGCCCAAGCGACCAGCUUCGCCGAGCAGCUGCGCGCCGGCCUCGCCAAUGGCGAAAUUGUGUCGACGCCCGAAACGCUGGCCCUGGCACAGACGGCUGAGCACAGCCCCAUGGCUGCGGCCGCAGCCAUUACUGCCAGCACCAUUACUACCAGUACAUCGGGCCGGCAGCUGUCGGCAGCGCAGAAGCGGGCGGUGGACAAGAUCAAGGCGAACAAGAAGAACAUGAAGGGCAAGAAAGACAAGGCGGCCGGCAAGGGCAAGAAACGGAAAGUCUUUGAUAGUGACGAAGACGAGGACGAGGACGAAGAGGUCGCGCUCGCCCGGGCGCUCCUGCAAAAUUUUAACGCGGAGCCCUUGCCAGGCCAGAUGGACAACUGCGGCGGCUGCCAGAAGCGUUUUACGGUGACGCCUUACUCGCGGGCCAAUGACAGCGGCAAGCUCUUGUGCCCAGCCUGCGGGCGGCUGCAGGACCAGGAGAAGGGCCUAGACAAUAAGAACGCGCGCGGCCGUGCCAACAAGUCAGCGGCAACGACCAAGAAGGCCCGGGCGGGUGACGAUGUACUCGAGCAACGGGGCGGCCCCGUCGGCCAGCGGCGCAAGGCACAGAGCCGGCUGCUCGAUGGUGCAUCGCUCGUGGGUCCCAAGUCGCUGGUGACGCAGUGCGUCGAGCACCUGUCGAAGAACAUCCACUUGGCCGAGGACCUGGGCGACCUGCCCGAGGAUGUCAUCGACCGCAUCGCGCGGCUGCUGUCGAAGCGGCGGCUGCUCAAUCCCAAGACAGUCGACCUGUUCAUCCGGCCGACCGCCGAGGACAUUCGCGUGUACGACUGCGGGGACCUGGUGGAGAACGACUUUCUACGCAUGCUGCAGUCCAUGCCACACCUCAAGCACCUGCGACUCUACAAUGCGAUCCAGUUCAAAGACGACGUCAUGGACUACUUGCUGCAGCGCGACGUGCAGCUCGAAACACUGUGUUUGUACGGCGCCAAUCUGAUCUCGGCGACCAAGUGGAAGGCAUACCUGGUGGAGCGAGGCGCACACCUGCGCACACUGCAAAUCUGUGACACGGACAAGCACGUCACGGACGAGGUAGUCAGCUACAUCAAAGACUGCGCGCCUGAACUGACGCGGCUCAAGAUUCGCGGCAACGAGCAGGUGGGCAGCGUAGGCGUCGAGCACCUGGGCCACCUGCCGCAUCUGGAGCACAUCAACCUGAUGCUCGACAAGCCGGUGCACAGCGACGUCCUCGUCACGCUGCUGCGCCGCAUUGGCGCAGGUCUGCAGACGCUGUCGCUGCGCGGCGCGGCCAAGGUAGACAACACGGUGCUGGACGCGCUGCACCAGCACGCGCGGAAGCUGCGCAAACUGCGGGUCACCGAGACGCAGGGGUGCACGGACGAGGGGUUUGUGCGGCUCUUUGAGGGCUGGGCGAACCUGCCGCUGGCCGAGGUGGACUUUGAAAAGAACCGAUUCGACGAGCCGGACCUGGUCGGGAUCGACGACAACGCGGACGGCGUGGGCCUGUGCUCCAAGGGGUUCCAGGCGCUGAUGCGGCACAGCGGGUCGGAGCUGCGCAAGCUGCACCUGCACGCGUGCCGGCACAUUAGGCGCGACGCGUUCGAAGAGGUAUUUGCGGCGGGCAAGACGUACCCGGAGCUGCGGCACAUCGACGUCAGUUUCUGUGGUGAGGUGACGGACAGCGUGGUGCGCAGCAUGUUCCACUGCUGUCCGAACCUCAACAAGCUCGUGACCAGCGGGUGCAUGCUGGUGACGGGCGUGCAGGUGCCGCACGGGCGUGUGCUCGUGGGCGUGCCAAACGCGCUGGGUAUGCAGACGGUUGGCUUUGAAGAGUAG